AUGAGCAACCCGGUCUCAAGCGGCGAGACUGUCUCUGAGGACUACACCGAGAAGCCUCACGAUGUCCCUCAAUCCCCUGGCCCAGUCGCUGAGCCCCAGACGGCCGCCCUAGAUCGGACACCCUCACAAGCCGCCAAAAUGACCAAGAAGAAGAUCGUCGCUGUGAUGACGGCGCUUUGUUUGGCCUUGUUCCUUGCUGCGCUGGAUAUGACUAUCAUCUCCACUGCCCUGCCGACCAUCGCGAAGCAAUUUGGGGCCUCGGAAAGUGGUUACUCAUGGAUCGCCUCAUCGUACCUCCUCGCAAACGCCGCCUGCAUUCCACUAUGGGGAAAGAUCAGCGAUAUUUGGGGGAGGAAGUACAUUAUUUUGAUGGCCAAUGUUGCUUUUCUGGUGGGCAGUCUGAUCUGCGCACUGGCUCACAACAUGGGCAUGAUCCUGGCCGGUCGAGCCAUUCAAGGUGUUGGCGGUGGUGGCAUCAUCAGUCUGGCCAACAUCAGUGUUUCAGAUCUGUUCAGCAUGAGGGAUCGCCCGAUGUACUAUGGCCUUUUCGGUGCAACCUGGGCCAUCGCAGGUGCCUUGGGCCCUAUCGUGGGUGGUGCAUUUACCACCAGAGUCACCUGGCGCUGGUGCUUCUACCUGAAUCUUCCCAUUGGAGGUUUCUCGCUGAUCAUCCUCGUCUUGUUCCUUCACAUCGAGUCUCCAAAGACCCCGUUGCUGGCCGGUCUUCGCAACAUUGAUUGGGUGGGUACUUUCUUGAUCAUUGGUGGAACCCUCAUGUUCCUCUUUGGUUUGGAGUUUGGAGGCGUCAACUAUCCUUGGGCUUCUGCUACGGUGAUCUGCCUGAUCGUCUUUGGUGUCGUGACUUGGGUUCUUGCAAUGCUCUACGAGUGGAGGUUCGCCAAGUUCCCAAUCAUUCCCGCGCGACUGUUCAAUGAGUGGUACAACAUUCUGAUCAUGAUGGUUUGUUUCUGCCACGGCUUUGUGUUCAUCGCUGGUACCUACUACAUGCCACUCUACUUCCAGAUCGUCCUGCAAGCAUCUCCCAUCAUGAGCGGCGUCUAUGUUUUGCCUUUGGUUCUAUCCUUAUCCGUCAUGUCGAUUAUUACCGGCAUCACCAUGAAAAAGACAGGUCGUUUCCGUGAGUUGAUCAUCUUUGGAAUGUCAUUCCUCCUGCUUGGAUUCGGUCUGUUUAUCGACCUCAAGGCCUACGCUUCAUGGCCUCGUAUUAUCAUCUACCAGAUUCUCGCUGGUAUCGGUGUUGGACCCAACUUCCAGGCCCCCCUCGUCGCAUUCCAGGCCAACAUCCGCCCCGCCGACAUGGCCACGGCAACCGCCACAUUCGGCUUCGUCCGCCAGCUCUCCACGUCCAUUUCCGUGGUCCUGGGAACUGUCAUCUACCAAAACAUCAUGUCCCAACAAUCCGCCAAAAUCAUUGCCUCCGUUGGCCGUGAGAACGCCGCAACCAUCUCCGCCUCCUUCGCCGGCCCCUCGAAAGAGCUGCUGGCAACCUUCACCCCAUCUCAGCGUGAGGUCGUAUUCGGUGCCUUCACCCAUUCCCUGAAUCGCAUGUGGAUCUUCUACACUGCCGUCGCAGGCGUCGGUUUCAUCCUCUCCCUUUUCAUUCGUCGCCGUGAGCUGAGCACCCAGCACACUAUCCAAAAGACGGGUCUGGCCGAGCAAGAGCGUGCCCGCCAGGAGUUGAUUGACUCCGAGCGCAAGGACGCCUCAAAGCCCGAGGCUGAGGUUUAA